AUGGAAAGAGUUCUGCUUCGAGGACUGAAUAAACGGCCGAGUGCCAAUGAUGCCCUACGGAGAAGUCCAAGGAAGAAAGUAAAACUGGAGGAAGAUGAGAGGACUGAGGGGGAGGAUAUUGUAGGGGAGUUUUCUCAUCCUAUUCCUUGGCAAAAAAUAGAGGCAGAAGGACUGGACUGCGACUAUGCUCUACUAUUCUCCAGAAAGGAAGCAGACGACCUAUUCAAACAGCUGGAGGAGGAGGUGGUGUACUCCACAGGAGAAGAAGCAAAGGUCCAGGUGUUUGGAAAGGUGUACAAUAUACCCAGAAAACAGGCAACCUAUGGAGACGCAGGCCUGACGUAUACUUACUCUGGAGUGAGACGCUCGGCCUGCCCGUGGACUCCAACCUUGCGGUACAUUCGAGAUGCGGUCACUAAAGCGACAGCCCAGACAUUCAACUUUGUCUUGAUCAACAGGUAUAAAGACGGGCAGGAUCACAUGGGUGAGCAUCGCGACGACGAGAAGGAGUUGGAUUCCUCCUGUCCCAUCGCCUCCGUCUCCCUGGGAGCAGCGCGGGACUUCGUCUUCAGGCACAGAGAUUCUCGGGGGAAACAGAACCGCCGACAGAUUGAGCCUGUGAAGCUGGAGCUCACUCACGGAAGCCUGCUCCUCAUGAAUCCACCCACAAACACCUUUUGGUACCACAGCCUUCCUGUCCGCAAAAGAGUCAUCACACCCCGCAUUAACCUCACUUUUAGACGCAUCCAGACUGACAGCAAGAAAUAA